AUGAUGGAAUUAAUUUCAACUGAAGAAACAUAUUUGGAUGAUUUACUCAUUAUCAAAACAAAAUUUAUGGAUCCACUUAUACAAGCUAGUCAACAAUCACGACCGAUUAUCAAUUAUCGUGAUAUUCAAACUAUUUUUGCUUUUAUUCCACAAUUGAUCUCAUUAUCUUCUACCUUAGUUCAACGAUUAAAUUCAGCUCAACAUGAUAAUGAUGAUGAUGAUGAUUAUGAUUGGAUUGGUUAUAUAUUUUCUGAUUUGGAAUCUUCUUUUGAUGUUUAUAUUUAUUAUGCUGUCAACUUUGAAAAAGUUCGGAAAUGUUUAGCCAAGAUUGAUUGUGAUGCUUUAUGUUAUCAAAUAUUACAAGAUUCAUCUACAAGAAGAAAAGAAACCAAGAGAAUGGGAUUAUAUGAUUUUUUGAUUACACCUAUUCAACGAAUCACACGUUACUGUUUAUUACUCAAAGAUCUUCAAAAAAAUUCAACUAAAAGUAUUCUUGUGGAUCGAUCAUUAAAAUGUUUAUCUGCUUUAGCCUGUGCUAUGAAUGAAAUACAAUGA